AUGGACGGCGACCUGCAGCAGCAGCAGCCGGGGAUAGCGGCGAGCUCUUCUUACGGCCGCCCCUUCCAGACUAUGGUGAUAAGAGACACUCCAGGGUCUUGUAUUGUCCCGGACUCCCUCUCCGACUCGCUGGCGCGUCAGCUCUCAGCGCAGCUCUCCAGCAGCGGCCGCAUUUCCACGGACAGGUCCCCCUGUCUGCUGCCUUCCCCCUCCCCCCCCGCUGCAGUUUCGCAGUGGGAGGGGGCGGCGGUGGCAGCAAGCGGCGCUCUCUACCACGGGGCUGGGGGCAAUCCCGGGCUGGUGGGAGAGUGGAGCCCCGGCGGGUCUGUGCCCGCCAGUUUGUUGCUAAGUUCAAGUACCUCUUCGGGCGUGCAGCAGCGGCGCGAAUUCAAAACUGCAGCAGAGACGAUGAGUGCUUCCAGCGGCGCAGUUACUGGGGAAGAAGGCUCUGCUUUCCUCGCCGCUUCCAGCCGGAUCGCCGGCCACCCCACGCCGGCCACGCAGCAGCAGCCCAUGGGUCUCGCGUACAGCCUCCAGUGCGCAGGCAGGAUGGGCAGUAUGGCCCCUCUGCUCUCCUCUGAUGUACAGGCAGAUGUUGUUCGUUUCGUGGUAGAUGAACAGGGGCACCAGCGCAUGCGCAGGGACUCUGCGUUGGAUCUGCAGGCCCCUCCUGGCUACGAAUCUAUAGACCUAUCUGUAGCGCCUUCCCUCGAGGCGCGACCCGUGGCCGAGCAGGAUGUGCUUAUUCAAGAGUUCAAUGCACGCUCCAGAAUUGGGUUUCCCGCCUCGGGAGAAGGCACCUUGGGCCUCGAAGCUGGGUUUUGUGGACAGCAGCCGCAGCCAGACUUCGCGAGGCGGCGGUCCUCGACCCUCUCGCCGUCUUCGCAGACAGCACGCGACAGAGCCGCCGCCCGAAAAGGAAGGAGUCAGCGGACUACACUGGACACUCCCUCUCCUUCUGUGGAGUCUGCCGCGUCUGCGCCACCUGUCAGCUUUACCCAGAACACGGGGGGGAGGGAUGGGAUGGCCCUGGCCAGAUCCGAGCCACUGGAAAACGAGAAGAGUCACGACCCCGUGCAUAUGGAUGUGGGUUUGUCUAUGAGCAAAUUGCAGGGGGAGGUCAGGUCGUUUGUGAGUAUUCUGUACGACUCCGUCUUCAAUUCAAGUCCGACGUGGCAGGUGCCAAUGUACACGUCGGCGGCCCGCGGCGUACACACCCCGCAGCUGCCAGACGUCGUCGUUACCAUGCACUCGCCCUGGUGCACAAGGAAACAGUGGCUGGACCCGCAGCUCGUCGGUGGCCGACCUCUUGAACACCCUGUUUUUGACCAAGGAACGGGCCACGCGGACGCACUUAGACAGCUCACAGCCCUGAAGUCGUGCAUAGGGGACUUCGCGGUCACAGUGGAGUGCGUGCAAGCUUGCGUCGCCGGGCCCGGUCGCCUCUCUUGUGCCCUGAGAGGCACGCUGGUCGCCCCGGGCCUCCUGUCUCGCGACCCCGAAGUCAACGAGCCAGGCCGGGACGGCCACCCUCAAGCUCCCAAGAUGGGCCGCUUUGCUCAUUUCCUCACGCUUAUCCCGAAGCACCUCAACGAUGACACCGCAGACCCUUCAGGCGACGGCAGCAGGAAUACGGUCCCGACAGAUCCCCACCCCUGGAUUUUGGUCGCUCGGAGUUUGUAUUUUUUGAUCGAGUCUGAAAUGUUCGUGGCUAUUAAUGCGUCAGAAGGGACGGGGGGCGCUGCGCACAUUUCCUCUCAGGUUGUCAGUGGCCAUUCGCUAUUGUGUGAUGCGGAUCUCAGCCCAGGAAUCCCCAACGGCUUCGAAACCCCCCUCAGCGUUCCACCGGGAAGGGGUUCUCGAAGCGUGGGGCAACUGCAGGAGCUGGCUGAGCAGCAUGUGGCUCCAAAGAACACCCCAUUGAGCUGUUUGUCGCUAAUGCUAAAGCCUGCCAUUGCUUUGGGGCACGACCGAGGCGUGCCUCUUCCUGGGAAGGCCAGGGGCUCGCUGCCUUCCUGCGACGACCUCCCUACGGGAGCCGAGUGCAUGAAGGCUGCAGUGGCCCAACUUGCGACGGGUCUGCUUGCAGAUUCUCCUACUCGAAAUCAGCAGCACAUUACGGGCUCGGCUGCGUGGACCGCUUUUAUGCACAAUCCAGCGCCGCGGCAGCGGCGCAGCCGCAAGAAGAAGAAGUCGAGACAGGCAGGAACAAAUGCUUCGGACCCAGAGACGCAAUUGCUCUCCAGUAGUAGUCUUUCGGCGGUUGUUUCCCAGUCUGCAUCGUUUCAGCUGCCAGCCACUCUUCAGCUGCAGUCCUUCGAGCAGCAAGCCAUGCAAGACAGACGCGACGACCUCCUCAGCCUCACGUCUUUGCCGUCUAAAGGUAUAUUGACCCUUCCGGGCUCCCAAGGGGUCCCUCCAGAUGCCUUUGAACGGACUGUUUUCGUCUCGUGGAUUCCAAGAGCCGCACGUGCCCAGGAGCACACGGACAAGGAAGAAGCCGAGGAAAAGCUGAAGACGGUUCUUUCGAGCGAGUUGGGUAUUUGCGGAAUUGAGCGCGUCUUGGUAUUCCCACCUCGGGGCUCUCACUGUUGCAUCACCUUUUUCAACUCAGAGGCAUCCAUGGCUUUCUUGUUAGAGUAUGCUGGCGGCACGUUUACACCCAACACGGAGAAGUUUAAGAAGCGCAUCUGCGCCUCCUUCAAUGUUGAAUUUGACAGAGGUAUUCAGAGAGUUUUCAUUCGUAUUGAAGGGGUGAAGCUGAUGCCCCCGGCAGGUCGCGCCGCCGACACGGAGCCGAAGUCUUAG